UUGGUUUCACUUAACAGGCGCAGGUGCAUGGAGUUUGCUAUCCGGCGCAGCUGAUCGACCCCACGUUCAUGGCUGUGUACGCUGACGCAUUUGAUGCCAAACACAGAAACUACACGGAGAGAGGAUAUUGCAGCUGAUGUGUGUGUGUGUGAUUUCUUCUCGACGGGACAGGAUACACGUUGCAAUGUGAGCCCGUCUGACACCCUUCCUCUUGCAGAAUUCAGGUGCACUGCUGAAUUGAUUUUAAUUUGGUGAAUUUGACCGCCUUGUCAUUGCCCAGCCCACCGGUCCCAGCAGCUAAAAGGCAUCUUCGGAGACGCGAAAGGGGGGUGAAACUGUCCGCUCCACUACUCUCCAUCUGCGCUCUGGACGGCUUGAAAUGAGGAACACAUCCCAGUUGUGUUCUGUGUGAAGAAGGCAAGCGGGGCGGCAGUUUUUUCGGCUCUCAAGGACGCAAAAAAAGUGGCCGCCGGCCGAGCUGUGAAGCAUGGAGCGGGACGACACCGACACCGUGAGCUCGUCCAAAAAGACAAUAAUCUCGAAGAUAUUUAAAGUUCGCAAGAGGAGAGAGAUGCUUUUCGUUCAGGUGUGCUUUAUCUGCAGUGCCCUUUUCCUGGCUUGGGGUAUGUCGGCGCUGUUGACCAAGACAGGCCAUGGGAUGGUCGUGGAGGGACAUCCGAACCUUGAACACUGGGGAAGACGGCUAAUGGCCUCAGUACCAGACAACGAAACGGAGCAGAAGAACUGUUCAGCACCAGCGGUACACGAGUUCCCCAGUGACCUUUUCACCACUGAUGAACGUAGGAAGGGGGCCGUUGCACUUCACAUCUUGGCGGCUCUCUACAUGUUUCUCGCCCUCGCCAUAACAUGUGACGAAUACUUUGUGACAUCGCUGGAGAAAAUCUGUGAGAAACUAGAUCUGAGUGAAGAUGUUGCAGGAGCCACCUUCAUGGCAGCUGGCAGCUCUGCACCAGAGCUCUUUGCAUCUGUCAUUGGUGUCUUCAUCACCCAUGGCGAUGUGGGGGUGGGGACCAUCGUUGGCUCGGCCGUCUUCAACAUCCUUUGCAUCAUCGGUGUCUGCGGCAUCUUCGCUGGACAGGUGGUGAUCCUGACCUGGUGGGCAGUUUUCAGGGAUUCCUUCUACUACAUCCUGUCUGUUUUGGCUUUAAUUGCAUUCAUCUACGACGAGAAGAUAGUUUGGUGGGAGAGUUUGAUACUGGUGCUCAUGUACCUGGGAUACAUCCUUGUCAUGAAAUUCAACUCCAGCAUGCAGAGAUUUUUCAUGGGUUCAAAGUCGAAGAAGAACGUGGCCAACGGUAACGCUGCGGCCAGCAGUGAGAUGGAGGACGUCAAGCCCACCAAGGCUUACAGCCGUGGCUCAGUGGUGAUGGUGGACGAGAUCAUGCACGCCAGCCCUUCAAAGUUCAGGUUUCCAGAAGCGGGCCUCCGUGUCAUGGUCACCAGCCAUUUCGGACCCAAAACCCGUCUGCGCAUGGCCAGUCGCCUCAUCAUUACAGAGCGUCAGAAGUUGGUCCAAGCUGCCAAUGGCGUGGAGACACAAGUGAUCGAUGGGAAGGUUGAGAUCGAGAACGGAAACGUGCCAGAGGACAAACCCACCGAGGAGCCGGAAAACGAAACCAUCUCGCCCUUUCAUAUCCCACGGGGUAUUGGCAGCAAGUUGAAGUGGCUGAUCUCGUGGCCUCUGCUGCUCUUGCUGUUCAUAACCGUCCCAAACUGUGCCAAGCCUCGCUGGGAGAAAUUCUUCAUGGUCUCCUUCUUCUUGUCCACCGUCUGGAUCGCCGUCUUCUCCUACUUCAUGGUCUGGAUGGUGACUAUAAUCGGCUACACUCUAGGAAUCCCUGAUGUCAUCAUGGGCAUCACUUUCCUGGCAGCAGGCACCAGCGUCCCAGACUGCAUAGCCAGUCUCAUUGUGGCUCGGCAAGGGUUGGGAGACAUGGCGGUGUCCAACACUAUUGGCAGUAAUGUGUUUGAUAUUCUCGUGGGACUGGGGGUUCCCUGGGCGAUCCAGACCAUUUGUGUGAGCUAUGGAUCAGAGGUGAUGAUUAACAGUCGGGGCCUGGUGUACUCUGUGGUGCUUCUGCUGGGCUCUGUGGCCCUCACGGUGGGGGGGAUCCACGUGAAUAAAUGGAAGCUGGAUGUGAAGUUGGGCAUUUACGUGCUGGUGUUGUACGCCAUCUUCCUCUGCUUCUCCGUCAUGAUCGAGUACAACGUCUUCACCUUCGUCAACCUGCCCAUGUGCAUGGAGGAGUAGAGUACUGCGCAGGAAUCGCAUACCAAAUCCUCAACGCUCCCAUAGCAACCCAAAAUUCUCUAUAUUUUACUUAAAUGAUACUGGACCUAUCUGCAGACUCUUUUUCUCUUCUCUUCUACUCUCUUCUUGCAAUCCUUUGUCCCAAAUAUGAAUCUCAUUUCCUAAAGAGGCAGUACAUGCUGUAAGAGUGGACUCCAUCCUGCGUCUCUAUUUGUCCUCUUGUCACACAGUGCCGGUCCUUAAUACCCAUUAUUUCAGGCAUUGCCUGUUAUUGCAGUAAAAGUCUUUAGUUCCUCUUGUGCGCCUGCUAGCUUUCUACCCAUCUAGCAUGCCUUUAGAUGUCGGGGAUCUCCAGAAUCAUAAGUGCCCCUGUUGAUUGUCGGUGUGUGUUUGCACUGUUUUCACAUUGUAGAUUUCCACACACCAUUUCCAAAGCCUUUCCACAAACCAAACCAGAGUCUGUGAAGAAGAAAAAAAAUCUUAUGAUUCCAACCAAAAUCCCCACAGACAGAACUCUCCUUGCUUUCUUCCUAAAACAAUUACAGUAACCCCGGCACCCAAAGAUAAAAUACACUCCUUUUUCUCUAUUGACCCCACGGAGGAGGGCUUUGUCCUCGGCAGCUCCCCUCCUCCUGGACCCGAAUACCCUGGCAUGGCCAUUGGCAUCAGGGAGCAGAUAGUGUUAGCGCUUCGAUCCCUCUCCGCAACUCUUCCCAACCCUCAUCUGCUUGAUCAAAUCUGCUUUGUUUUCUUAAAAAAAAAGAUGACAUUUUGUCAGGACGCUUUGUGUCCGGAAAUAUCACAGUUCAGAUCAGAUGACUGUGAGGGUGUUAUGCAUAUGCAGCACUGCACAAUGUAAACUUGUAAACACUUGUUUUAUUUUGUAUUAAUUUUUUUCAAACAGAGGUUUUGUCUCGUAUGAUGUGCGGAGGAGAGCUUGUUGCAAAUAUAGGACAUUGCCUGUUUUUCAAUGAAACAAAUUGCACAUGGAAAUGCUUUUCUUGCUUUGUGCUGUAAGGAGAUUUGACCACUCAGAGGGUGUCUGACUGGUGGUGGGGACUCCACUCCAGGUUUUAUUCAUUCAGCGAUGGGUCAGUCCACUUUCCCUCUGCACAACUUCAGAAAAUAAUACUGGCUCCAGAUCUGUGGAUGCAUCGGAUUUUGUCAUAAUCAGGUGACUUGUGGCCAUGUGAAGACAGCCACAGCAUGGAGGUCAUUGUUUUACAGAAAAUGCAAAGAAACCAGGAGGUUCUCAACACUGACUGUCUGCUAUCACACCCUCUGGCCAGUAGGGGGUACCUCAGCCCCUCUACCCAGGGCAGGGGUGCCAACCACAGCCGCCGGUUAUCAGGGAAACUCGGAGAUGGGCAACUCCAGCAGAUGGCGAUGGUGUGGUCUCUGGAUUUUUGAGUUACAUGUAGAUAUUGCACUUUAACAGCUGUCCUCUCAUUCUGAAUCAACUAGUGCUUCCUUCUGUGCGUGUGUAUUUUCAGUGUAUAAGUGUGUGUGAGUGUGUGAGUGAGAGGAUUGUAUGAGUGUGUUGGCUCAGUAUGGGCCCACGCUAUGUUUCCCACACCGGGCUCUCAACACCUGGGACAGGCUGGAACCUUGUUAACACCAUGAGCACACCCGCCUCUGACUGCAGUGCAUGCUGGGACAUUAAAACGCAGCUCCUCCACAGCACAGCAAAAAGGCUGAGGGCUUCUGGGCAUCACCAUGGAAACCGCCCGACCCACUUUACAAAAAUCGGCAGCUACACUGCAAUCCAGACAUUUUGACAUCAUGCAAAAAUGCCCGCGAGUCCACAAGUGCGGUGCAGGGACUAAGCAAGCGCGUGGGGAGUGUUUUCAGUGUCGAAAUGAUUCCUCUGCUACACCGUUGGCAGCAGGCUCUUGUAUAUGCAAUCUCAAUUUAAAGAAUUCUAUGUGACAGAGGGCCCCUGCAAGAUUGCCAUAUAAAGACAGGGGGGAACCUCGCGGAGAUGUGACGUUGGUUUGUCUAGUAGUACUUGAUGUGUGAGCUCACAGGUGUGUGUGUGUGUGUGUGUGUGUGUGUGUGUGUGUGUGUGUUAGUAAAAACUGAGGAACUGAGCCCAAAGGACAUCUCCAUUUCUGGAACUGUGGCUCUUAGGGAAGUCCUACACACACUCUCUCCUUUUUUUUUUCUUUCUCUCUUCUUCUCCACUCUUGUCUCCUCUUGCACAAGGGCAUUAACUCUCCACUAACCCUCGCUGAAGGAGCAGCAGGGAAUGCAUGGAUGACUGUCCUCCACCGCCGUUGGGACAAUGUGAUUUUACAAAGGACAGGGAUGAGAGCAGACUUAAAGGAAUUAAUAAUAAUAAUAAAAAGAAAACCCCCUUAAGCUGCUACUCUAUCAGGGUUCAAACUGCUGUGUUUACUGGACGGCGUUGACCACACAGGGCCUACAGACUCCUCCACUAUGACAUCCUUCCUCCCCCUGAACCCUGACAGUGGGUCUUAUGUAAAAACAGGACCUGAUUUUUGAUGCUUUAUCUGGGGAAGGCAUGUCCGUACUGUACUUGAGUUGAUUCAGAAUGUGCAGGGUUAUUUCUUUUUGUGUAUAUUUUUUGUUGUUGCUCUGUGUGGUCAUGUCCCGGUUGCCAUGUGUGAGUGGCACAGCAGGGGGAAAACACUGCUCCUCUUUUUGUCCUCGUCUUGAAACAGUUCUCACCGGUCGUCUGACUCGCAUCUUUGUUACCAAGUCACUUUUUUUUGGAAGUGUGUGGGGGGGGGUAAUUAGUAUUCAGAUGCCAUUUUUGUCGUAGUUCUGCAUAAAUUCAGAUUGUAUGAAAAAAUCCUGUGUACAAAGUAAGCACACACACUUUAGAACACACACGUUAGAAAUGGCAAUUGAACACGAGAGGACCGGUAUGUAUUUCUUGAUUGAAUGCGACCUGAUGCACUGUGAGCUCAAUGUGACGUGGGAGUUGUUUGUCAAGAAUAAUAAAUGAUUAAAAAAUAUAUUUAAUGUAAAGUUAGUUACUAUAAAAACAUUACUGAGGACAUCUGUAUAACUUAUAUGAAUGUAUUGUCUUGCUAUACUGGACAUAUCCAACCAAUGCAUUUUACUGUAAAGCAAUAAUGUGAAGAAAAAAAAUAAAAUGGCAAAAAUAA